UUGCAGGUAAUGAUCGUCCCCCUUCAUAUAAUGAUAACACAUCCACUUCAAGGGAUAUAAAAUCAUCUAUCAGGAUCGAACUACUUUGCUAAAGAAAAUGGAGAAACAGUUUCAGACUGAAACACAGAGAGUCUCUGAAGAGAUUCUUGAUUGUUCUUUACCUUCACCUGUGCAGAUCAAAGAGAAAGAACAGCGGAAGGGAAAAUAUCCAAUGGCUGAAAGACCAUGAUACGGAACUGAAGGUUUUCCCAUAAAGUUGAUUGCAAACUACUUUAUGUUAAAUUAUGAAGGGGAUAUGUGCGUUUAUCAUUAUGAUGUAUAUAUAGUUUCAGUUGGAAAGGAUGGCAAGUGUGAGAAAAGCAUAAUAACUAAGGGACUGUCUUCAAAAGAAGCUAAACAGAAAGAUAUACCUGUUGUUGAACAUCAACAGAAACGAAAUUUAGGUAAAGCGAAAUGUAGGCAAAUUGUUGCAUCUUUAGUUAAGAGCCAUGCAUUACAGAAAUUUUGUCCUGUUUAUGAUGGGCAAAGAAAUAUUUUCACAAAAGUAGAGUUAACCUUUAAAAACGAAAUUUCUAUAGACGUUCAAACAGAAUUAGAAGAUGAAGUGAAAACGUUUCGUAUAACUAUUAAACCAGCUAUAAAUGAAAGCAAUAAUAAUGUGAUUAGUUUGAAGCCAUUAAAAGAAUUAUACUGUGGUCGUUCGAAAGAAGUACCUCAAAUUGCUUUGUUAGUUUUUGAUACUAUUAUGAAUCAUCGAGAGCCUCCGUUGACCCAAAUUCACUUACGAAAUUCCUUUUUUGAUUUGCAGCAAACUGGUAGUCAAAAUUUAGACUAUGGUUUGAAAAUAUGUUUUGGAUACAAUCAGAGUGUUCGAUUAAUGGAAAAAUCUCCAGCAGUAGUUGUUAACUUAACAGCUAAGGCAUUUCAUAAAUCAAUCUCUGUUAUAGAAUAUGCCUGUGAAAUUUUAAAGACAGAUAUUAGAGCUUUGUCGAUGUUAGAUGAGUUCCAAAUCAAAGAAUUGACAGAUGCGCUUACAACUGUUUGCGUUCGUGUGACACAUCAAAGGCAACCACGGCGGUAUAAAAUAAUUAAAGUAUGUCAUUUGCCUGCCCAACAGCAAAACCUAGAUUCUGAUGAGAAAAAAUCAGUUGCUCAAUAUUUUGCUGAACGUUAUGGAGCUCUUCGGUAUCCGCAGUUACCAUGUCUUGAACUAGAAAGUCGUAGAAAUAAAAAUUACAUGCCUAUGGAAAAUUGUGAAAUCAUUGAAGGGCAACCCAAAGUAGGUGAACUGAAAGACGAUUUGAAAAGACGAAUGAUACGAAGUACAGCUGUACCACCUGUACAACGAUUUCGGAGCAUAAUGGAUUAUUCCAAGACUAUAGAAAAUGUAAGCGGAACAGUUAUGAAUGAUUUUGAAAUUAAUAUGGAUGCGCAGUGUAUGAGUUUAAAUGGUAGAGUAAUAGCUGCUCCAGAUCUUGCAUAUGCUGGUACACGUUCCUUGCAAAUUGCAAAACCGGAUCGCAGAGGUGUUUGGAAAAUAGAAACUGGGAAAAAAUUUUAUGAAGCAAAAGAAAAUAAGAAAUGGAUAUUAAUAAGUUUUUCAACUUACAGCGAUUAUAGAUAUGAAAAAUUAGAACGUUUUUCUCAAUUUUUAGUUGAUUCAAGUCAUAAAUGUGGAAUGAAAUUACGUCACCCGUUCGAGAUAAAAAUUUUUGAUCUUAACAUCAGCACUGAAGAUGCCAUACUCUAUGCUUUCGAACGUGAUGUUGCAUUUGCUGUCAUAGUUUUAUCUGGCACAAAAAAAAGUCGAAACGUUACGUACAGACAUAUUAGAAGAUAUGAAGAGAUAAAAUUUUUUGCAGACUUUCAGUAUGGAUUGGUUACUCAAUGCAUAGAUGAUAAAAACCUGGAAAAAAUUAAUGACCAAAUUGCAACUAAUAUUUGCUUAAAACUUAAUGUUAAAUUAGGAGGAACAAACCAUGUUAUCUCUCAAAACCUUGAGGUAUUUUCUAGACCAUUUAUUGCUUUCGGAGCAGAUGUUAUUCACUGGCCUCGGGGUUUUGGCUACCCAUCCAUAGCAUCAGUCGUUGGAAGUUUUGAUACGAAAGCAUCUAAAUAUGCUUUAACGUGCCGUUUGCAAGAAAAUAAAAAAGAAAGCAAAGUAUCACAGGAAAUAAUUGUACAUAUGAAAGACAUGGUGAAAGCAAUUUUAGAAACUUUCAAUAAGAAGCAUAAAAACCAAGUUCGUCCGCAAAAAUUAAUUUUCUUCCGCGAUGGAGUUUCAGAAGGUCAGUUCAAAUCAGCGCUUGAAGAAGAAGUAGGCAGCAUCUAUGACGCUUGCGACGAAGUAUAUCAUGAGAUAAUACCUGUUACUUACAUUGUUGUGCAGAAAAGGCAUCAAACUAGAAUUCGACCGCAGGAUCCUAAAGAUGGAGUUGGCAGAAUGGGUAAUGUUCCUCCUGGUACUACAGUUGAUACUACUAUCACUCAUCCUAUAUAUUUUGACUUCUUUCUUUGUUCUCAUGAAGGCAUACAAGGUACUAGCAAGCCGGCGCAUUAUACUGUACUUCAUGAUGAUAAUAACUUCACAGCAAAAGACUUUCAAAAGUUAUGCCAUUUUUUGUGCCAUAUUUACGCCCAUUGUACUCGGAGUGUUUCUAUUCCAGCUCCUGUACUGUAUGCUGAUUUGGCAGCUGCUAGAGCUAAAGCAUAUGCAGAUUUAUUCAUCGAUCCCCAUUCAGAAAAUGGCCAAAGUUCCAAGACACAGAAAACAUUGCCUCCAAUUGUUAUUAAAGCAAUCGAAAGUAUGCAAUACUUCGAGAAUAUGUUUUAUGUAUAGAUUUAAAAAAAAUAAUAGUAGUAGUAAUAAAAAAGUCUGAAAGCUUUCAGAUUUCAGAUUUAUUACGCCCAAAGGGGCGUUUUUCUAA